AGUCGGACUUUCCAGCUCGCAUUUUAAUGUCUGGUCGGCACUGUCGGGCAAAGGUGGGGCGGGACCUGACUCCGCUCGUCGCCCGGUGGCCAUAUUAGCGUGCGGCGGCCCCACAGGUUGCCCGCGGGGUCGGUCUGGCACAGCAACCGGCGGCAUCCUGCGUCUCCGCGCCGCGCAGGUCAUUACAGAAAAAUGAGGAUAUUUUAUGUCUUUACAUUCAUGACCUACCAUCAUUUGCUGCAUGCAUUUACCAUCAGUGUGUCCAAGGACCUACAUGUGGCAGAGUAUGGCAAGAAUGUGACAAUGGCAUGCACAUUCCCAGUAGGAAAGCAAUUAAAUCUGACUGUGUUAGUUGUCUACUGGGAAAAGGAGGAUAAAAAAAUUAUUCAGUUUGUGGAUGGGGAGGAAGACCUGAAGGUGCAGCACAGGAGCUACAGCCAGAGGGCCCAGCUGCUGAAGGACCAGCUCUUCCUGGGAAAGGCCGUGCUUCAGAUCAGAGAUUUGAAAUUGCGGGAUGCAGGGGUUUACCGCUGCCUGAUCAGCUAUGGUGGUGCUGACUACAAGCGGAUUACUUUGAAAGUCAAUGCCCCAUACCGCAAAAUCAACCAAAGAGUUUCCGUGGAUCCAGUCACCUCGGAGCAUGAGCUGAUGUGCCAGGCUGAGGGUUACCCCGAGGCUGAGGUCAUCUGGACCAACCGUGACCACCAAGUCCUGACAGGCAAGACCAUCAUUACCAAGGGGCAGGAGGAGCUUUUCAACGUGACCAGCACACUGAGAAUCAACACGACAGCCAAGGAGGUCUUCCGCUGCACUUUCCAGAGAGCAGGUCCCGAGGAGAACAGUACAGCCGAGCUGGUCAUCCCAGAACCACCUAACAUAUCCCCACCAAAUAAGAGGACGCACUUGAUAAUUGUGGGAGCCGUCCUGUUGUUCCUCGGUGUCCUGCUGAUGGUCGUCUUCUAUCUAAAAAGAAAUGGGAGAAUGAUGGAUGUGGAAAAAGGUGGCAUCCAAGACAUGAACUCAAAGCAGCAAAAUGACUCUAAAUUUGAGGAGACGUAGCCCAGCCUUGAAACUUCUCAUCUUAAAGCAGGGAUUCUCCGCCUGUGGUUUGGGAGCUCGUCUGUGUUCAUCAUGACUAGGAAUGGAUGGGCCGGCAGAUGCAGAUGGCAUAGGACUUGGAAGGCCCACACACUGCAAAUGGAAUGUGGGGAGAGAGGAGGAGAACAGAGAAAGAUGGAAGAUGAGGGGUA